AUGGCGGACUCAGGUAAUGCGCUGAAGCGACCUCAUCCCGCAGAGGACGAUCAUAAUUCUCAAAAAAGGACCCGCUCAAACAAUGGAUCCCCAGCCCCAGGUCAGGGGGCGCCUGCGGCACCCAAGAUGGAUAUCGAGAAGAUGGUAGCGGAAGCAAGAGCCAAGGCUGAAGCUGUGCGCGCACGUCUAGCAGCAGCCCGCGGCGGCGCGACACCACCAGCGCCUCCUGCAGGAUCAAGUCCCGCGCCAGGCUCGACCGCGCCAAGUGCCGCAAUGUCGAAGUUAGAACAGAUGAAAGCCAGGGUGGCCGCCGCGACCAGCAGAGCCAAUGCACCUUCUCAACAACGACCGAGUGCGCCGGUACCUUCACACGCUCCGGCAUUCGAUGACGAUGGCCUGUCCAAAGCUCGUGGUGGUCUAGAUGUCGGUCUCCAUCCAGCACUGCUUUCCGAUAAGACGCCAGACUUCCGUGGAGGAAAGGGUAAAGGGGGCAACCGGCGAGAUACACCAGGAUCUGCUUUCCAGCGCGGCAACAAAGCUCGACUGGAUCUAUCUGGUCCUUCAAUUGAGGAGAUCAAGAAUAACCCAUACUUCGAUCCCAGUCUCGACCCGAAGGCUACCGUUGCCAAACCACGCCAUUCCCGGCAGUUGAUCUUCAAUGAGAAGGGCAAAUAUAUCCAACAAGCUGCGGCUCUUCGACGACAGGCACAAUUGGAGGCUAUGAAGAAGAGGAUUGCGGAGAAGGCCCGACAAGCCGGUAUUGACGAAGAUAUGGAUGUCGAAAAAUCAUAUCUCGUACCUGCACCACCUGCUAUUGAAUGGUGGGACGAGGGCUUGGUCGGUGGGGGCGAUUAUUCUGCCAUCGAGGAUCCAGCAAAUGUCAAGGUGGACACUCCCGACACGAUCAUCACACGCUAUAUUCAACACCCUGUGCUCCUUGAGCCACCACAGGAAAAGCACCAACCGGCGCAGAAACCCAUGUUCCUUACACACAAAGAGCAAGCGAAGAUUCGCCGGCAGCGACGCAUGGCAGAUCUGAAAGAACAGCAAGCAAAGAUCCGACUGGGUCUUGAGCCCGCGCCGGCUCCUAAGGUCAAGAAGUCUAAUUUGAUGCGGGUUCUCGGUGAACAAGCCGUCAAAGACCCCACGGCUGUUGAAGCGCGCGUGAACAAGGAAAUCACCGAGCGUCGUGAGGACCACGAGACCAUGAACGAAAAUCGCAAGUUGACCAAAGACCAACGGCGCGAGAAGCUUGCGGCCCAGCAAGAGACCGAUGCCCAACUGGGUAUCUAUAUUUCUGUCUACAGAAUCGACAACCUCGCCAGUGGCCGGAACCGCUUUAAGAUCAAUAAGAACGCAGAACAAAAUGCUUUGACUGGUGUCUGCGUCACUCAUCCUAAGGUCAAUUUGGUUAUCGUCGAGGGUGGAAAACACUCCAUCAACAAUUACCGCAAGCUCAUGCUUAAUCGAAUCGACUGGACCGAUAAUCCCGGUCCGACUACUUCUGAAAAGAGCGAGGGACAACCAAUAUGGUGGUCUACAGAGGAUGAUAAGGGAGAGCUACGGGACUUCCGUGACAAUACGUGCACGCUUCUAUGGGAAGGACAGGCGAAGACCCGAGUUUUUAGAAAGUGGCUGGGUGCCAGACCCUGCGAGUCCGACUCUGCAGCCAAGGAGGUUCUGGCUCGUGCAAAGAUGGAGAACUUCUGGGUGUUGGCGAAGAGCGCCAAGCCUGCUGAGUUUUAA